AUGUCUCAGAUUGCGGAUUCCAAACAACCUCCCAGCGAGCCGUCGUCCAUCGGCGAGAGCCUGCUCCAGCAGCAGCUCGAGCUGCAGGGCCUCAAACUCACGCCAGAUGGCUUCGUGCACUGGAAACCGGGCAACAAGCGCCAUCCGAGGAACUGGUCGAAGCUGCGCAAGGGCCACGAUGUGUCGAUUAUCUUGCUCUUGGAGAUGUUCACAACCCUGAUCAGUGCUGCGGGAUCGGCCGUGGCCAAUGCGAGCCAUGAGGAGUUCAACAUAAGCAAGACCCUGGCCAUAUUUCUUUUUGUCCCGAUGUAUCUCAUCGGCCAGGGCAUCGGCAGCAUCAUCUUCCCCCCCUACUCCGAGGUCUUCGGCCGGAAGAAGUUGUAUAUCGUCAGCACGCUCAUGUACAGCGCGUCGUGCAUCUUGAUCGCCGUGGUUCCGAACUACACGGGUGUGGUGGUAGGACGUCUGCUGAGCGGGUUUCUGUCGGCGAUUCCCACCAACGUGGUGGCGGGGAGUAUCGAGGACAUGUUUAACGCGCGGGAUCGCAUCUGGUUUCUGUCGUUGUGGAUGAUGCUUGCCCCGUGGGGAUUGGCCCUGGGACCGAUCUACAGCACGUACAUCAUCUACGCGCUCAAUUGGCGAUGGGUCUUCUACGUGGCCGCCAUCGUCACCGGCUUGAUUGCAUGCCUGUUACUCGGCAUCCGCGAAUCGCGACCUCCUCUCCUCCUCGACCAAGAAGUGCGACAUCUCUGCCACGCUCUCGGUGACAAGCAGAUGGUGCUGCAAAGCCUGAACCCCGACCGGAUGCCUGAUCUACACACGUUCGUGACCGUGGCGCUCUUCCGCCCGAUCUACCUCUUCUUCACGGAGCCGAUCAUCUUCCUCGUGUCCGUCAUCAGCGCCAUCCCCUUCACGCUGAUCUACAUGUUCACCGAGGCUCUCCCCCCCAUCUACCGUUCGUUCGGCUUCAGCCCAACGCACGCCUGCCUGCCGUUCCUCGCGCUCGGGCUCGGCUGCAUGUUGGGCAUGCUAACGCGCAUCUACGACUACCAUCUGAUUAUGACGCACCACGCGCAGCGGCGCCCGCUACGCCCCGAGGACAAACUGAUCGGGUUCGCGAUCGGGGCGCCCGUCUUCGCGGCAGGGCUCUGGCUCUUCGCGUGGACGAUCCCGCCGGCGGUCACGACGGUGCACUGGAUGGGGUCGGCGGUGGCGCUGGUGAUGGUGGGCUACGCGGCGAACGAGUUCGGCUCGGUGCUCACGGGGUACCUGGCGGACAGCUACCUGAGCUAUGCGGCGAGCGGGUUUGCGGCGCAGACGAUCCUGCGGACGUGCCUGAGCGCGGGGUUUCCACUGUUUGCGCCGGCGAUGUUUGGGUCGCUGGGGGCCAACGUGGCGGGGUCGGUGCUGGCGGGCGUGGCGACGGCGUUCUGUCUGGUGCCGCCGUUGUUCUGGCGGUAUGGCGAGCGGAUCCGGGCGCAGAGCCGGUUUGCGCGGUAUAGUUUGGAUGUGUAUAAUCGGACUACGGUGGACGAGGAGGGCUUCUGA